UCUAAGCGCAAUACUCCACGAAAAAGAAAAUAAACAAAGCUCACUUCCGGUUCUCGUCACUAGCAGCGGGUGAACACAGACUGUUGAAUUGUUUUGUUGUUUUUAAGCUGUCUUUCAAGCUGUAGCGGCGAAAAACAUGUCCGACGCCCUGCCAGUGUGGUUCGCAGUCCAGGCGGAGCUCCUGGGACACGAAGAAGAAGUGGACUCGCAGUCCAAGAGCUGCUUUGCUUGCUACGACGACGACACUUUGUUCGAGAUGUUCCAUUUAACGCGCGCUUGCAUCGAGUUCGUGGCGGACAUCGUGCGUGUCCGCAUGAAACAAUACAUGCUCACGCCCUCCUCCGUGGACAUCAUGAUCAUGAUCACGCUCAAUUUCUUCGCUCUCGGCGCCUCCGCCGUUUCCCUCCUGAGGCGCUUCGACCUGAAGACGGACUGCCGGCAAAUUGUGUGGACGGUCUCCGAGGUGGUCGCCGGUAUGUCGGAUCAGUUCAUCUCCUUCCCGCAGACGCGGAAAGCGAAAGUGGACAUCGCGCACAUGGCGGAGGAGUUCUGCGGAAUCCCCGACGUCCUGGGCGUGCUGGCCCCCACUCACUUCCACAUCCGAACCGCCACGCAUGACAAGAAUUGGUCGGAGUUGGUACGUCAGCAGUACGUCAACGCGCUGGGCUACAAGUCGGUGGUGAGCCAGAUGAUUUGUGACCUGGACGGCAACAUCCUGAGUGUGGAGAAGUGUUGCGUGGGCAGCACCAGCGACCAGGACUUGUGGUGCACCUCCUUUAGAGGGCGGGAGAUCGAGGAUGAACUUUAUGGACAAUACUGGGUGAUAGGAGGCGAAGGCUACCACUUGAGCAAACGCGUCCUGACUCCCGUGUCGGACCCCAAAAGCGACGCUCAGAUCCACUUCAAUGAAGCCCACGCCAAGCUCCACAGCGUGACGCGGACAACGCUGCGAUCCCUCAAGUGGCGCUUCAGGUGCUUGACUAAACUGGGCUUCACGCUGGACAAGUUGACUAAUGUGGUCAAGGCUUGCUGCGUCUUGCACAACAUCGCCAAGAAGUUCUCGGUGCCCCUGCCGCCUGGAGAGGAGAAAUUUGAAGACCCUCAGCCGAGGAAUCCUUGCCAGGGGUCGGCGGCGGUGAUCAACCCCGACGGCUUGAGAGCUCGGCAGGAACUCAUCGAAUCGAGCUUCAGUACUGUACCCGGUCAAGGAGAACCAGAAUAACAUCCAACUGGAGGACAAUGUUGGAUUUUCACACAAAAGGCCGACACUCACCAGACAUUCCAUUAGGUACACCUAAUCCAAUACAUUUAACUCAGUAUCCAUUGAACGCCCCCAUUUUUAUUGUAUUUUAAAUAAGCAGUGGUUUUGGAAGUAUGGUGUUCAAAAUCUAGCCUUGAUGCUGGAAUGUAGAGCGUUUAAAAGUGCUUUUGGGUGUAUUUACAGGUCAUUGACUACAAAGAUGGAAACAAUAAGAAAAUAAGUAAACUAUUACCUAUACAUUGUACACUGUUUUUUAAAUGUAUAUUAUCUAAAAGAAGUAGUAGCAUAGCGUCCUCUACAACAGGAAUACAAUUUCCAUAGAGAAACAUACUUCAUUUUAGUGCAAAUCGAGAUAAAAGUGCUUUUUUUUUGUUACCGUGACAAGUAUUCAGGAUUUUUUGGGGGGACAGUGGGAAAAUGCAUGAAGGCCUUCUAAUUCAAACUUUCACCUGGAACUCUCAGCGUCUGUCAUUCUCAUGCACAUUUUCAUCAGUCUCGCUUUAAGACUUCAGAUGGUUCAAGAUGCACUGGUUCAGGAAAACAUACUGGGACUGCAACGAAAGCAGAAGUCCAAGUUGAAAGGUAGAACGAACAUGCCGGCGUGUGAGCUGUAUUCCUGCCCGGUGCAACUCUUGUGAGAGUAGAGCUAGCGCAUGUGUGUGUGUGUUUCUGUGCGUUUGUGUUACCUCGGUCUGCACCAUGUAUGGCCGAUGUAGUCUCAUUUUGUGCACCAAAGCAUUGAUGUUCACUUUCCUAUCUCUGUGCAGCUGCUGAAGCAGAACAUCUAAGGCUAUAAUGGUGCCGGUCCGGCCCACUCCGGCACUAAAAGACAAGAUCAUCCAUUCAUUGUGUCCCAUCUUAUUAUUACAGACAUAUUUGUCUUUUGAAGCACCAUACCUGCAGUGAACUACAAUGGGAGCCUUGUUCCCUUGUGCUUCUAUGUGCUCCCCAAUGAGGCCUCUGAACUGGAUCAGGACAUCCGUACCUUGAGGGACUCCGUGGUCAGGCCAAGCAGUAAAGUGGAAGUGUUUGAUCAUCCUCUCCGCCGGUAUGUUCCUCUGGAAACACACAUGUUAGCAAGCAAAUGUGUACAGCAUUAAAAAAUAAACAUUGUAAUAGUGACGUCUCUUCAACA